AUGUCUUCUCCCAACAACAACGAUGCUUUCAAGCUCUCUGAGCUCUUCAAUGUCAAGGACAAGGUCGUCGUCGUCUCCGGCGGUGGCUCAGGUAUCGGUCUCAUGGCUACCCAGGCAUUUGCUGUAAACGGAGCCAAGGUCUAUAUCAUUGGCCGUACAAAGGAGAAGCUCGACAAGGUCGCCGAGAUCUACGGCAAGGACAUCCCCGGACAGAUCAUUCCUCUCCAGGGUGAUAUUUCCAAGAAGGAAUCCAUCGCCGCCAUGGUCAAGGAGAUUGAAUCCAAGGAGAAAUGCGUUUGCAUUCUUGUCAAUAACGCUGGUGUUUCCUCCAACACCAUGCAGACCGAGGCCAAGACGGCCGAGGAGAUGAAGGCCAACCUUUUCGACAACCCUGACUCGAACAUCGAAGACUGGACCGACACUUACAAGACCAACGUUCCUCAGUGCUUCUUCAUGACCAUGGGCUUCCUCCCUCUGCUUCAGAAGUCUACUGAGCACCAGCACGGUUACUCUGGUUGCGUGAUCAAUGUAUGCUCAAUUUCCGGAAUUGUGAAGACCGCACAGCACCACUUCGCAUACAACGCCUCAAAGGCUGCUGUCAUCCACCUUACCAAGAUGCUUGGCUUCGAGAUCGGCAACAACGGCCUCAAGGUCAGAGUCAACUCCAUCGCUCCUGGUGUCUUCCCUUCGGAGAUGACCCAGGGUGAGAGUGGCGAGAACCAGAAGUCAGAGCUCCCCAAGGAGGACUUCGAGGGCAAGGUCUUUGCUCAACGCCCCGGUAACGAUCGUGACAUGGGAAAUGCCAUGCUCUUUGUGGCAACUAAUCAAUACCUAAAUGGGCAAGCUAUUGCUGUCGACGGCGGCUACAUCUUGCAGCACGGCUCUGCAUAG